AUGCUGUGGUUUUUCCUUUUAUUUCAUUCCAGGUUUCUGAUUGUACUGGGGUGUUUGAUCUUAGCUGUCCUGACAACUUUCAAGGAGUAUGAAACUGUUUCAGGAGACUGGCUCCUCUUGCUGGAAACUUUUGCCAUUUUCAUCUUUGGAGCGGAGUUUGCCUUAAGAAUCUGGGCUGCUGGGUGUUGCUGUCGCUACAAGGGAUGGAGGGGGAGACUCAAAUUUGCAAGGAAACCUUUGUGCAUGCUGGAUAUCUUUGUGCUGAUUGCUUCAGUGCCAGUGGUUGCUGUUGGGAACCAGGGCAAUGUUCUGGCUACAUCUCUCAGAAGCCUCCGCUUCCUUCAGAUUCUACGGAUGCUGCGAAUGGACAGGCGGGGUGGUACAUGGAAACUUUUGGGAUCAGCCAUUUGUGCACAUAGCAAAGAACUUAUCACUGCUUGGUACAUUGGGUUCCUGACACUCAUCCUAUCCUCGUUUCUUGUUUAUCUGGUUGAAAAAGAUGUUCCUGAAAAAGAUGCUAAUGGGGUGGAGAUGAAGGAAGAGUUUGAAACCUAUGCAGAUGCACUGUGGUGGGGACUGAUCACCCUUGCUACGAUUGGAUAUGGCGACAAGACCCCCAAAACAUGGGAGGGACGGUUGAUUGCAGCUACGUUCUCUCUCAUUGGAGUGUCUUUCUUUGCUCUUCCUGCAGGCAUUUUAGGCUCAGGGCUGGCACUGAAGGUCCAGGAACAGCAUCGUCAAAAACAUUUUGAGAAAAGAAGAAAGCCAGCAGCUGAACUCAUUCAGGCUGCUUGGAGAUACUAUGCUACCAACCCCAACAGGAUUGAUCUGGUUGCUACCUGGAGGUUUUAUGAAUCAAUUGUGUCGUUUCCAUUUUUCAGGAAAGAGCAAUUGGAUGGUACUGCCAGCCAAAAGCUGGGUCUCUUGGAUCGGGUUCGUGGUACCAAUACUAAAGGAAAGCUAUUUACCCCUCUGAAUGUAGAUGCCAUUGAAGAAAGUCCUUCAAAAGAGACUAAGAAUGUUGUCUUGAAUAAUAAGGAGCGUUUUCGCACUGCAUUCCGAAUGAAAGCAUACGCUUUUUGGCAAAGCUCAGAAGAUGCAGGAACUGGGGAACCUAUGGCAGAAGAGAGAGGCGACAGUAGCGACUUCCUUAUGGAAGAUAUGAUCCCCACAUUCAAGACAGCCAUCCGAGCUGUCAGAAUACUACAGUUUCGUCUGUAUAAAAAAAAAUUCAAGGAGACUUUGAGGCCUUAUGAUGUAAAGGAUGUGAUAGAGCAAUAUUCAGCAGGGCAUCUUGAUAUGCUUUCCAGAAUAAAAUACCUUCAGACAAGGUAA